UCUUCAUGAUUUAAAUCUAUUCUUAUCCGCAAGAAGAAAGUGAAUUUAACAGAUCUCGUUAAGUCUCGCGUUUUCAACGAUAACACGUCCAAAGCAUACUCGAGCCACUGAAUACUUCCACAGCAAGAUGGCGUUAUCCAAACAAGUAUUUCCAGGUGAUGUACAGGACAUACAGGUACCAGUCAUAGGCCAGCAUUAUUUGGUGUGUGGCAAUGAAGACUGUAAGAAGAACUGCCAAUUUUACUGCAAUUCUUGUCACCUACCAUUGUGUGAACAAUGCAGAGAUGAACAUCACAACAUUCCAGAAAAUAAGAACCAUGAAGUGGUCCCUUACCGCCAACGUAUGCGAAAACUACCCGUGGAGAAAUGUAAAGAUCAUCCCACUAAAGAUAUUGACAUGAUUUGCAAAAACUGUCAGGUUGCAGUAUGUUCCAAAUGUCUAAUAAAAGAUCAUCGAGGGCACACCUUUGACGACCUGGAGACCAUUUAUUCCAAAAACUUCACUUUGUGCCUUGAUAAAAUCUACAACAUAAAUCAAUAUUAUCUCCCAACCUCACAAGAUAUAAAAAGAGAUAUAAAAGAAGAUGUCUUAAAACUGAAAGCGUUUAUGGAUAAAAUAAGAACAUCCAUAAAAGCUGAAGCAGAGUCAGUUAAACGUCUAGUGGAAAAAGCUAUGUCGGACAAUUUAGAACAAGCCAACGAAAUGGAGGAGACCCUAUUGGAAAAGCUUCAGAGUCAAGACAAAGCCUAUGACGAAUACAAUGGUUACCUUGAAAACCUUGUAAAAGAGUUCCAGGGCUACCUGUCUUAUGAUAAAGUUCAAAACAAUUCAAUCCUUUUUUCUCUUUCAGAAGUUCUUAAUAUUAAACCCAUACCUAAGUCGACAGAACCUGUUUAUCCAGUAUUCACUGCUGGUCAAUACAGCAAGGAUGAUGUCGCUAAACUACUGGGUACAGUAACUGUUCCCACCACUAAACCAGCAUCUAGAAAAAUAAAACCAAUGGACAUUACUUCUACACAGUUGAAACCUACAAGAAAACUGAAAGAAGCGGACGGAGAUGAAUUAGAAGUAAAUCAAAAGCUUUCUCUGUCUUCCUCUGUCACCAACGUCAAAGAGUACAUAGUACCAGGUCUUAAAAGUGUAUGUCAUAUAUCAGGAGGCAAAUCAGGCAUACUUUGGGCCAGUGAUGCAAGUGGCAACCUUGUUCAAACUGAUCUACAUGGGAAACAGCUACAGAUGAUAAAAACAAGCGGUGAAAAUGAAAGCUACCACACCGUUACCCUGGACGGGAAUCUGAUCUUUGCAGACAGAACGAAUUGUAGCGUCAAUAGAAUAACACUUGGAAAAACAAUCACUCGAUUCAUUACAACGAAAGGGUGGGUACCACUUAGCAUACACACUUCCCAUAUUAACGGGGAUAUACUGGUUGGAAUGACCGUGUUUUUCAUUGGUAGAGUCGCCAGGUAUAACAAAACAGGGAACGAAAUACAGAGCUUAGAACAGGACAACAAAGGACAAAGACUGUAUAGUGGAUAUCCACACUACAUCACGGAAAACAUCAACGGUGAUAUCUGUGUAUCAGACCGUAACAAACAUGCUGUGAUAGUGGUGAAUAAAUUAGGACAACACAGGUUUUCUUAUACAGGUCAGGGGUCGAAGAUUUUUCCCUAUGGUAUAUGUACUGAUAUCCUCGGUCACAUCAUUGUCUGUGAAACGAGCAGUAAAACGGUUCAUCUUCUGGAUCAGGACGGUCAACUUUUGUCUCUUGUCUUAUCCCAAAAAGGGAAAGAGAAUCCCCAUGGUGUGUGUGUGGACGAUGAUAACAAUCUUCAUGUAGGAUAUGGUGACACUAACACAGUGAUAGUGUACAAAUAUCUUCAAUGAGCAUAAUUUAUGAAGUGUACUUUUUGUAAGAUCAGCAUGCAUUCCUACUAGCCUAUAUUCAUCGAUAUGGCAUUGAAAUCAAACUCGAUUAAACAUAAACUGAAAUUCCUUUUUUCAAGAGAUCUAUAUCAAUUUAGUGUCAUUACAGAUGAUUCAUUUGUGCUCUCAGUAAAGAGUAAAUGUAAUGAAUGUAAUAUAUUAAAACUUUUGCAUUAUCAUAUGUAAAAUGCUUUACAUGUAUAUUUCAAAUAAUAGGUAUGAUUACUAUUAUAUCUUUUACAUUGCAUUUCAUUUUCAGGUGUCAGAUUUUUAAGGAAAUAGUAUCACUUUUCAGAAUUCAGAAGGAUUUUACAGAAAGAAUAUUGUAUUAUAUGGUCAUCAUAUAUCUUUUCAACGCAAACUGAAAUGCAUCAGUUAAAUCAAUACUUGAACUUUUCUUCUAUCUAGGAAAUAUGAUGGGUUUUAUCAUUCCAUCUAAAAUUCAAUUUCAAAUUAUUUAAACAAGUAUCAAAAACU